AUGCCCAACGGAUUGAAGAACACACAGUAUGGAACCAGUGAAAUGUUGAAUUUUAAGCAGGGGUACAUGAAAAACAGCUACGUUUUGGCGGGGAAGACGCUUCAUAGGACUGGGACUUUUGGUAGGUAUGUUAGGGAUAUGAGUUUUUACCACGGGAACUACACAUAA